CCAUCCAUCCCCCGCACGUUGGAACCAUCCCCCUAUUAUUCAUCAUUCCCCAUAUUCAAACCCACGAGAUAACCCCCUGAUAACAUACCACACGCCCCUUCCCGCCCCCUGCGUCAAGUGUAACCGUCCUAACCCACUGCACGGACGGGUCGCGUGUGACACCACAUACCAACUCCUGCAGCCCCACCCGUUUCAGUAUGGUGUUCUGCGGGAAGCCGAGUAAAGGCUGCGGCGAAUGUCGAUCGCGCAAGAUCCGAUGCGACCAGGCCCGCCCGACCUGUUCCCAGUGCGUCAAGGGGAACCGCACCUGUCCGGGGUAUCGCGACCAACUGUCGUUGAUGUUUCGCGAUGAGAGUCAACAGGUCGUGCGAAAAGCCCGGACUGGUGGCUCGCGCCGCGCCAAACCCUCGCGCAAGUCCCCACGUCGGGUCUCCCCGUCUCCCAGCACCAGCAGCUCUGAUGCGGUCCCCCCGGGGCCACCACCUGGGGUUGUUCCUAGUGACUUUAACGACCGGUCGGAUGUCAAAGACAUCCUGCCAUCAUCGUCGCCGCCCGAUGAGGCGCUGUCCCCGCUCGUGGGGCCCUCUCCGCGGCUGACGAUGCAGCCCUCGUACCAGUUCAACGACAACGAAGCGAUCUGUUUCUUUCUGCAUUCCAACUCGUGGCCCGGGACCUUUUGGAUGAUGGAUUUCGCCCCCGACUUUUGGGUGCAGGGUGGUGGCUCCCCCAGUCACCAGGCCAUGAAAGCGGGUCUAAUCUCGGUGGGAACGGCCAUGUUGUCGCGCAUCCGCCAGUCCGCCAACAUGCAGGUCACCGCCGAGAAGGAGUAUGGCUAUGCGUUGCAGCUGCUCACUACGGCCGUCAUGGACGAGGAGGAGGCAAAAACCAACCCUACUCUGGCGGCGGUCUUGUUGCUCGCUAUUUUUGAAGUCGUCACGAGUCGAGCGCCUCGGAAUAUCGAGAAAUGGACGAGUCACAUCUACGGAGCCGCGGCGCUGCUCGAACUCCGAGGUUCCGAACAGCUUCAGGACGAGGAUGGACUCAAACUGUUCAUCCAACUCCGUUUCCAAAUUAUCGUCAGCUGCCUCCAAAAAGGAGCCCGAGUACCGCAACCCGUACUCGAAUGCUCUAAAAUUGCCAUGUUCCUGCGGCCACACGCCGAGGCCUACUCCGACCGACUGAUCAGCAUCGCCGGCCGGUUAUCCAAUCUGCGGGCGGACAUCAACUGCAAGGUCCUGGCGGAUCAGGGCGAGAUCCUGACGGCGGCGUACGCGAUCGAAGCGGAGCUAAUGGCCUGGCUGGCCAGCCUCCCGGCCGAAUUCCUCUAUACGACAGUGGAAGACCCGACGCCAGUGGCAGUGACGAUGGGAUGGGGCCCCGCGCCGUGGAACAACCGACACCACAUAUACAGCGACCUUUGGAUCUGUAACACGUGGAACCAGUACCGGUGCGCGCGGAUCAUCGUCAGCGAGAUCAUCCUAAGUUGCCUGCGGCGGCUAGCCACAGGAGCGACAGUGCCAGCAGAGCUACAGAGCCACUGCUCGCGCAUCCGCGGCACCAGCCGCCAGGUAGCGACGGACAUCUGCGCCAGCGUACCGUUCCACUUUGGGGUGGACAACUUCACGACCAAGCCGUCGCUCUACUUCCCCGUGCACCAAAGCUACCUGGGCGGGCUGAUGCUUCUCUGGCCAUUAGUACUGGCGGGGGCGACAGAGGACCGACAGCACCCGAUGCGCAAGUGGGUGAUCGGGUGUCUGCGGUUCAUCGGACACAGCAUGGGGAUCGACCAAGCGCUGGCGCUGAUCGAUGUCUUGGAGUACGAGUUCGGGGUGUUCGAGGGGGUCGAGGACGGCGAAAACGGGGUGGUCUUCCGAACGCACGAGCAGAUGACGCGGACGAACAAGGUGUUGACGGGGACGUGGGGGGUGUAACUAUCAUGUACACAGUCUGGACAUACUACCC